AUGGGCAAAAAGAGCAAGUCGCAGUCGCAGUCAGCGACUGAACCUACUGCUCCGUCCACAUCGCUUCCCUUUUUAGCUGGAAAUGCCUCUGUGGAUAACACAGUCGCUUCGCUGUUCGAGAAGAGUGCCGGUCCAGUUCAAGCUCCAUCCGUUUUGACUGCCAGCGCGAUCAAGAGCAAAAAGGAAGAACCCGAAGAUGAACAGGCCGAAGAACAAUACGAGGAAAGCGACGCAGCUCAGGAGGACAGAUCAGCAGACGAAGACGAGGAGAUGCAGGAGGCACCUUCAGAGGAUGAGGUAGAAACUUCCGAAGCACCCAACCGGAAACGCAAGAGGGGAACUGCAACAGACGAUCUCGAAGAAUCAUAUAUGCGUCGCCUUGCCAAGGAGGAACAAAAAGCAAAUGACAAGCGUCGCGAGGAGCAGGCGAAGCGGCAAAAGCAAGAUAAGGAGGAAUCUGAGGGUGAAUCCGAGGGAGAGAAAGACGAGGAUGAGUCCGCAUCAGACGAAAAGGAAAAUCCCUCUGUCGUCCGUCAUGAGAGCCAGACCGGCGGCGAUGCAGAAUCUCAAGAAAUCGAAAAGUCCAACCGCACCGUUUUCCUGGGCAAUGUGUCAUCCAAGGCUAUCAAAUCGCAUUCUGACAAAAAGACUCUUACCAAACACCUCGAGUCCUUCCUAUCUAAACUUCCCGAGUCUACAGGUCCUCACAAGGUGGAAUCGAUCCGUUUCCGGUCUACAGCUUUUGCUAGCGGAGGCAAGGUCCCUAAGCGUGCCGCAUUCGCCCGACGCGAGUUGCUGGAUGAAACGACACCAAGCACCAACGCCUACGUUGUCUACAGCACAGUCCAGGCUGCGCGCAAAGCUCCAACAACCCUGAACGGAACAGUCGUCCUUGACCGACACCUACGUGUGGACAACGUCGCCCACCCGGCAGCUACCGACCACAAACGCUGUAUUUUCGUGGGUAACCUCGAUUUCGUCGACAAAGAAACCGUUCCCGAAGACGAGGAGAACAAGAAAAAGAAAAACAGAGCACCAGCCGAUGUCGAAGAAGGUCUCUGGCGCACCUUCAACCAACACACUGGCAAAUCUAGCGCCAACAAGAACACCCGCGGUAACGUCGAAUCCGUCCGAGUCAUCCGUGACUCAAUCACACGAGUAGGCAAGGGCUUCGCCUACGUGCAAUUCUACGACGAAAACUGCGUGGAGGAAGCACUCCUACUCGAAGGCAAGAAAUUCCCCCCUCUCUUACCCCGCAAGCUCCGUGUGUCACGCGCCAAGAAGGUCAUGAAGAAGCGUGAGCCUCCCAGCAACGAGAAGCUGGCUGGGUCGCGCAAGACGCUGCAUGGUCGCGCAGGGAAGUUGCUGGGCAAGGCUGGUGAGGCGCAUAUUAGAGCAAAGGAUAAGGGAUCUAUUGCGCAGAAUUCGCUAGUGUUUGAGGGACACCGGGCUACGGAGGGGGCGCGGAUGAAGGUGAAGACGAAGAGUCGGGGGCAGAAGUCGAAGAAGAACAAUCGCAGUAGUCAGAGAGCGGCGGCAUAUAAGGCAGCAGGGGGGAAGAAGAAAUAG